AUGGAGCCACAUGUGACUCAGAAUGUUGAAACUCAAAAGCCAUCUGCAAAAAGGCUAGAGGAUAAGGUGGCAAUUAUAACUGGUGGUGCAAGAGGAAUUGGUGCUGCCACAGCUAAAUUGUUUGCAGAAAAUGGAGCACAUGUUAUCAUUGCUGAUGUGCUUGAUGAUUUGGGUGUCACAGUGGCUGAAUCCAUUGGGGGACACUACAUACAUUGUGAUGUGUCAAAAGAAGCUGAUGUUGAAUCAGCUAUUAACCAUGCAUUGGCAUGGAAAGGCCAUGUAGACAUAAUGUUCAACAAUGCUGGAAUUUCUGGUGAUGAAGAAAGAAGCAUCACAACCCUGGAUAUGGACCAACUAAAGCAUUUAUUUUCCAUCAACCUUUAUGGAACCAUACAUGGAAUCAAACAUGCUUCAAGGGCAAUGAUCAAGGGUCAGAAAGGAGGAUCCAUCAUAUGUACUUCUAGUGCAGCAUCCAUCAUGGGUGGCUUGGCUUUACAUGGGUAUACCAUGUCAAAAGCAGCAAUGGAUGGGUUAGUGAGAAGUGCUGCUUGUGAAUUGGGAGUGCAUUUGAUUCGUGUUAACUGCAUAUCUCCACAUGGAGUUCCCUCUGAGAUGCUUCUUAGUGCUUGUAGAAGGUUUCAGAAUGUUGAUAUUACACCUGAAAAAUUGAGUGAAACUAUUGGAAAGAGAGCAAGUUUACUUAAGGGAAGAGGUGCAACCAUCGAAGAUGUGGCACAGGCUGCUUUGUUUUUGGCUAGUGAUGAGUCUGGCUUUAUAACAGCACACAAUCUUCGUGUAGAUGGGGGACACACAUCAGCUGAUAGUAAAAUGAGUUACAUCUACCAAGACCCGAAAUGA